AUGGCAACAGAUACACCUGUGCCCAGUCACUACGAGGGCGUAUUGGAGAAGCAUUUUUGCCCCAUCGUCUUCCUCCUCAACUCGCACACUCCAGACAACCUCGACGCGGCAACGGUCGCCCAUCUUCUCCGUCCCUUCUUCAGAAAGGACGACUACUAUGUCGUCAAUGUCUCCAGUGUCGGAAACCCGAUCGGGAUUCUGAGAGAGGCGAAAAAAUCCUUAUCGAGUGAAGCGUCAUUGCAGGCUGCUGCGGCCUCGCUGCAAGACCGCCUUAGCGCUGCCGUGCAGAGCGCACUAACCAACAUCGCCACAACACGACGGGAAGCACAGCAGGCGGCGCUGCAAGCAAUGGAGGCGCAGCUGUCCGCCUUGCAAGCAGACUACAUGGAGGAUGGCCUGUCCGCGGAAGAGGCGCUGGCCGCAGCGCAUGCCGAGCUACAAGAGCGUUCCGAGUCAGAGGACGAGGACAGCUACUCGAGCGCCGGUGAGCGUCUUCCGCCAGCUGUGUGUGUGGUAAACGCACCUUUGCUGCCCGCAGCUGUAGCCCGACUGGCAUGCGACGUGGCCAGCUUGGCUGCCGUAGUGCUGCUGGACUCGCCGUGCAGUGUGCGCGAGUUGGUCUCCGUUGCUGGCACUGGCGGUCGCAAAAGCAGCGCCAGCGUCCCCGCGUCGAACACCGCGAAUGACCGGGCGAAGGGGCGCGGCUCAGGUGCCGGUGCCGCAGCCUCCUCGUCCUCUUCCGCAAGCAAGCAGCACCACUUCUCCGCAACGGCGGGCGGUAGUGCGGAAGAUCUGCUGGCGGCCCUUGGCCGAGCCGCACUUGCGCAACCAGACGACAGCGCCUUUCAGGAGGUUUUGCUGCAGCACGUGCCUUAUCCGACGGAGAGCUCGAACAUCACAGGCGCCAGCCCGGAAUCCCCCGCUGCCUUGCGUCCUGCCGUUCCGGCGGCGCAGUUUUUAUCCACUCUACACGCACUCCUGCUGCGCAUUUUUUCCUGCUGGGUGCGGUACGACGCGUGGCGAGCGAGACGAUGUCUCGUGCAGGUGCCAGCCUACACACCUCUAAUCGAUGCCGAAGCGGCGUUGUCUGCGGCGGCAGGCGAAGACGCCUUGGCUGCUGCAGCGGCCGCGGAGCAACGCCCCAACAGGCACAAGAGCGGCGGCCCCGGGGGGCAUGAGGACAGCGUUUCCUUGCCGACCUCAGCCAAGCCCCCCACCACGACGCUGCACCCGUGCACCAUGGCGCAAGUUGCUGCCGAGCAGUUUGAGUACACAGCGUGCAUGCAGCGCUGGAUGCGCUGCCCCUCUCACGAGAGCACCGACAAUGUGCUUGCGGCCGGGGAGGCGGUGCAAGCGUGCCUUAAGGGCUGCCUGUGUCAGGUGGCCUCAUUGAAGGGCUCGUCUACGCUACGCACCUCGGCCGACACCUCUGCAGCGCAGCUUGGUGAGGAUAUCGCGGACGCCUGUGCCAGGUGCCGCGUCGCAGUCGCGGUGUCCUCUGGUGCGUCAUUGCGGCCUGCGAAGGACAGUGUUGCAGCGGCUUGCCCGGACAAGGGAGCAACCACUUGCGGUGCGACGCCCGUCUCCGCUGCGGCGUCCGCCGGACUCACUGCCGAUUCCGUUGAGGAGGCCCUCGCGCACAUUGUCACGGAGGAGGUCGGAUCGACUGCGUUGCCGAGCAUCACGACAGCGCUGAUUACAACUGCCGGCGAUGGAGACGCGCUGCACUGGAUGCGCGACGCGUUGCUGGCGCGUGACCAACAUGGAUGGCACACUGCCGUGCAGAGGUGGGGGAGAACCGCUGUGUACUGUCUGCAUCAGCAGACUGACGCCAUUGGUGCACCACGCACCCAACACACUGCGCACCUCCUCGACAGCCCCACCACCUUCCCUCGCUUCUUUCGUGAAGAGGAGUUCCUUGAGGCGGAGGGCCGCUACUAUGCACCGUCGUCAUUGAGCGAUGAUACGGAGGAGGAGUCGGACUCAUCGUCUGAGGAGACGGCGUCGGACUCGAGUGGCGACGACACCGCUAGCGCUGCGGAGGGCGCGGCCACGAAGAUGGUGCCCGCAGUCGCUCGUGAGACGCCCCCUGCGUGCCCUACAGUCGACCACGUAGAUGUCGUGAGCCAGCACCUGCGCCGGCGGCGUGUGCUGGAGCAGGUGCGCUUGUCCCACGCUCGGCCUCCUGUGCAAGAGCUCUUGGGCUGCGGUACGCCAUGCCGCACCGUGGUCACAGAGACGCAGUGGAUGCGGGCAGCCGACGGCACGCUCGUGGAGGUGGCGCGAACCGCUGCGAACAGUGCACAGAUGCGAUGUACGAUCGUCGACGCUGGCCUGCAUCUCGAAGCUGGGUUCAUGCUGGACUGCCCGCCGUCGACUGUCGACGACUUCGCGAAAGCGACGGCUGCAGACGCGCGUGCUAGUGGGUCGCUGCCAGAGCCGCUCCUCGCAUCGGCAGUCCGCGGCUUUGUGUCGCUGGGACGCGAGCUUCGUGUCAUCACAGAGGUGGUCGCAGACAACGCACAGGCCGUGGCCCAGGGCGCCUACGCUGCCGCUGUCGCCGCCGCCAAGGAGGCUGCCGUCACCCAAUACGAGGCGCAGUUCAGACGCGUCGGAAAGACCUCCAAAUCGCGCGACGAGGCCAAAGCGGCCACUCAGCUCACUUUGGAGCAAAUCACCCAAACACUGCUGGAUGCACUCCCGUCACCUCCGCCUCCACCGCCCCCGGAGAGCGGCGACGGGAAAGCCGCUGCAGCGCGAAUAGUCAUGCGGGUGCACGCCUGCUUCCUUAUGCACGACUGCGUCAUGACGGCCGCCACGUCGAAGGCUGGGGUUCCAGGGGUUCAGCUCCGAUGCCUGACGCCCAGCCAGCACACUACACACCUUCCACGGCGCAGACUCCUCACCGUGCAGCUGUGGAACGAAGGCGUGGUGAGCGCUGUCACAGUCACCCACCUGCAAGCUGUCGACGUCUAUCUCGACGGCGUGGUGGAGGUGCACUCGCCCGAUCUCCCAACUGGCGUGCGCCUGCUGCUCUACAAGAAUGGCAGCUAUGUUACAGUCGCAGGUCGGUGCCAGCUGGUCGUCUCCCCCGACGGCCGCGUCACCCGCUACGAGAACGGCGAAGGUGGACGUCUUGUGCAUAAACUGCAGCACGGGCGUGCAACUGCAGUCAGCGCGCCAGCCGUACAUCGCGUGGAGCGGGAAGAUGGAGUGCAGCUGGAGGUGAUAGAGCCCAGCGGCGCAGACGACCAUGGGCAGGCAAGCUUAGUACCUUGCAGCCUGGGCCAUGUUCGCCGCAUCCGCCUUGGCACUGGGGUGGUGGUGGAACAGGGCGACACGGACGGCAUGUGGUCGUGGAGAUUCGUUGGGCUGCCAGCCGUGUACUGUGACGUCACGGCCUACGAGAUCGCCGUAGCGAUCGACAAAGGCGAGUGCGACCGCUUCGCAUACCAGCCACGCACCGACUCCUUCUCUCUCUUCGUGAACGACAGCAAGACGGCGGGCGCUAGGGUGGCCGCCGAUGUGGCAAUGAGCAGCUGUCGCAUAUCUGUCUUCACGCAAGGCUGCGAUUUGUCCACCGCACGUGCCGACCAGGGAGGCUGCACCGGCGUUUUUGCGGUGGAUUGUGCCUACGGCGGCGUCUACGGACGUGUGGGUGCCGACCAUGUGUACCGCGUUUCGCCGUUCGGGCGGUGCUCUGAGGAGGUCGAGCACGGUGGCGAUCUGCGCUAUCGCCAGUUAGUGCUGCCAGAGUGCUACAAGAGACCAAAGAAGACGGCAGAGGUGUUAUUGCUGCCAGAGUAUGCGAGCCCCAGCUUUCGUCGCGCCGUCGCUGGCGAUGGCGGCGAUCUGACCACAGUGCCGAGCGGAGACCACGUGGAUGCACUUCACCUGCAAGCGUUACCGCUGCUUUUGCCCAAGGAGCCUGCGCGCAUCUCCGCGAGUACGGCGGCGUCCCCCUAUAGGGCGUUGGCUGUUCAGCAUCCCGCCACAUGUGUGCCACUCCAGGUGCGCUGCAUCGCGUUGCAGGAAGACGGCUCGCAGGUCACGGUACUUGAUGCAGCGUCCUGGCUGGAGUGGGUGAUGUGGUGGCAGCGCCACAGCACUUGGGCCCCCCAAUACUCUUCGCCGACGCCAACAGAGGCACUCCGCGAGGGCGCGCCGCCGGCGCGCCCCUUCAGACUCAUCAGAGCUUUUCGGGCACGGCAGGCGUUUGUGCCUCUCACUGAACCCGGCGCAGAAAACGUGCUGGCGGAGGCGUCUGUGGUCCAGGAAUGCGUGCUGCUGCUGCUGCCUUCCCGUGAGGCUGCCUCGGCGCCGUCUUGGUGUGCUGCUGGUGGUCUUGCGCUGACUAGUGCCGUGAGCGGCGUCACUGGCGCCGCCGGUGAGGAAGACACUGCAGCCGCGGCAGCGGUAACCGAGGCAGCUGUGCCGUUGGACGCGGCACCAGUCUCCCCUAUCGUGGCGCGUGAGGAAGAGCAGGCGCCCAACGCGGUACUCACGGACGCUCACUGCGUGACAGGAUUGCCUGCUGCAGCAGGCCGGCGCGGUGGCUCGCUGAACUACUGGACAUCCGCGCUGUGCCCGCAGGCGCUGCAGCCCUCUCGGGACAGCCCCAGCACUGAGAACAGGGUCGCAAUGCCAACGGCACGGGCGCACGCGGCGACCCCGUCGGCCGAUGCGGCCACGUCCGAAGCCCCGGCGCCACCGUCGCCGGCAGUACCAGCAGCUGUGCCGAAGAAGAUGUCCUCUUCGCAGUCGUCGCAGGUUCCUCUGAUGCACUCGUAUCAUCCUGCGGCGGACGAGCUCACUGGCACCAACGCCUCUUCUCGAUUUCACACUCCACUGCUGGAGGUGCAUCCGAGGAGGGUGGAAUUCGGCAAUGUGCUUCCUCUGCGCAGGUACGUGACGACGGUGAGGUUGACCAACGCUUCGACGGUACCGUGUCGCUACCGUGUCCGCGUCGGCGCGGUGGUGCGUCCUUUCCUCUCCGUCUCCUACUCGCGUCAGUUUGUGGCGCCUGGUAUCACGACAGAGAUGCACGUUGAGCUGUCUGGCGGCCAGCCUUACGGCGUGAUGGAUUCCGAAAUCUGUAUUGUGCACGAAGGCGGUACAGUGGAGGUGAGCGUGUGGUGGUGCACGACUGACGAGGCGGAUACAGCGCGUCUGGGCGACGGCGUAACGUGCGCUGGCUGGACGGUGCACAAACCGGCGAUUCAACAUCCACGCGUGCCUGAACAGGAGACAGAGCCGACCGAUGAUAGGAGCACGCUCUCCGACACCAAUGUGGCACUAGACGUGCGCACCGCGUAG